AUGGCGAGUUACGAGUCUGCAGCGAUCGGCGAAGCGAUGGGACUCAUUACCGACAUGUUGGUCGAUCCGAAUCUGCCGCAGCACAUCGCUAACGGCCUAAAAACCAUCAAAAAUCUUCUCAAAAAGUCACCGGAGAUCCAGAUGAAGAAGAUGAGCGAAAGUUCGAGCGGGGGUACUGCCGUCGUGCGUCACAGUCUGCCGAUGGGUCUGCUGCGGCGGCUGUCAACGAGUGCGUGGACGACGACCACCUCGGCCACCGGCAUGCCCACCAUGCUGCCCGAUGUCAUCAGGAUGCGCAACUAUUCUAGCAACACCUUCAAACAGCAGCUGUCGGCCAACCACAACAACCACAACAACACUUCAACGCGGCUCACAACAGCAGAUAACAUCAACAACAACAACAAAAUUUACGAUGAUGAUGACGUAAUCGCGACCGUCGACCAAUCAGCGUACGACUUGUCUGAUGAUGACGUGUGUGCAAUCAUUGACGAAUCAACAUCCUGCCCGCUGACUCAGCUGAGUCUCAUCAACAUCUGGGACUAUCCCAUCUUUCAACUCUCCGAUAUGUUUCAGGAUACAAUACUCACGAUGAUGGCCUACAAAGUUUUCGACGCAACUGGUCUCUUUGAUACCUUCAAAAUCCCCAUCAAAGAGUUCAUGAACUUUUUUCACGCACUCGAAUGUGGAUACCAAGAUAAAACAUACCACAACAGAAUUCACGCAUCGGAUGUCCUUCAUGGAGUCUACUACAUGCUCACUCAAAUGGUUCCAGGUUUGAAGACGACAGCAGCUGCAGCGGCCAGCGACGAAACGCCUCUGCACGUGGGCAUCAUUGGAAGCCACUUCACACCACUUGAACUGCUCUCCCUACUGACGGCAGCCUCCAUGCACGACUUCGACCACCCCGGUCGAACCAACGCCUUUCUCGUGGCCACUCAACAUCCUCUGGCAGUGCUGUAUAACGAUAGGUCCGUUCUUGAAAAUCAUCACGCCGCUUCCGCCUGGAACCUCUUCCGGUCCGAUCGGAAGUACGAUUGGACGUGCCACUUGGACUCGGCGGAAAUGAAAAGAUUUCGCUUCCUGGUCAUCGAAGCCAUCCUCGCUACGGACCUCAAAUAUCAUUUCGAGAUUGUCGCGGAGUUCAAUGCUAAGGUGAACGAGUCUUCCGGUUUGAACUGGACGUUGGAAGGUGACAGGCUGUUGGUCGGGAACAUGAUGAUGAAGAUGGCCGACAUCAACGGGCCGUGCAAGUCCCUCGAGCUGCACCUCCAGUGGACAGACAGGAUCCAUCAAGAGUUUUUCGAACAGGGCGACGAAGAGAAGAGCAUGGGACUGCCCAUCUCACCCUACAUGGACAGGAACCACCCACAACUCGCCAAACUACAAGAUUCCUUCAUCAACCACCUCGUCUCGCCGCUCUGUUACGCGCUAUAUAAUGCUCAUCUACUUCCGGGUUUCUGGAAGGUUAAAAAAGAAAUGAAGAAAAGGGAGAGUGAGAAUGAGGAAGAGGCGGAGGAGGAGAGCAAGAAUGUGGGUGAGGGCAAAGUUCAGGAGGAAGCCGACAAAAGUUUGUUGUCCUUCAAUUUCCACUUUCUUGCGAGAUAA